AUGACUGCAGAUCGAUGUAUUUACGUUGGAAACAUUAAUCCCAAAAUAACAACUGAUAUCUUGUACGAACUUUUUCUUCAGGCUGGACCUUUAGAGGAUGUUACCGUUAAGGAUACAUUCGCCUUCGUAACGUUUGAGGAUGAAGAGUCUGUCCCAUAUGCUUGCUCACUUUUUGAAGGGAUCACAUUAUAUGGUACGGAACUGAAAAUCCGUCCAAGGCAAAACUCCAAGUUUCAGGAUCUAAGAAUACGUUCUGUUCCGCCUUCUGCCUACCAGUAUUUCAAGCCUCGAAUCGACCCUUCUUAUUCAGCACCGCCUUACCGAAGUCAUUUUAAUGGGAGUAUGGACUAUGUUCAUCAUACCAGCCACCGUCGUGAUCCAUUUUCAAGUUUUACUCCACCUGCGGGUAACCGACAUUUUGUUCAUGAAAUGGGAUAUAACUAUUACUCACGAUAUGAACAUAACCUACACCCUUUACCAUCAUAUGAUCUUCCUCCUUAUGGUUGGCAACAUGGUCCCCCAGCCUUUAUUGAAGACCGUCCGUCUGAAAGAAGGCGGUCUGAUGAAUACAGUAGACAUAUGGGCUCUACACCGACUGCUAGUCGUAGAGAACGUAGUCCCUACUCCCGUCACAGCAGUUCCAGACCUGAGAGUUCUUAUAAUCAUCGGUACGGAUAG